CAGCAGACAAACUAGGGUGUGACUUCUCAGGGAUGCUACUGUCUUUGACUCAAAUAUUUUCCUCAAGGGCAUCAUCGCUCCUGUUCCUGGUGCCCUACUUGCUCUUUUGGGAGAAUGUAGCAUCUAUAUCCACCUGUGCAGAGAGGGAUGCCACCAUUCAGCAUUCCUUAGAGAAACUUCUUACAUUGACAACCUUUAUGUCUCAUGUCAUGAGUAUUGAAACUGCAAAACUCUUCACUGAAUUUAAUAAUCAGUAUGCCCAGGGUAAGAGAUACAAUGACAGGAUCCCUGGAACGUGUCACACUGCUUUUUUUGAUACUCCAGUAAACAAGGAGCAAUCUCUAGGAAGUGAUCCGAAAACACUACUGAAAUUGGUACGCAGUUUAUUGAAUUCCUGGACCAAUGCUCUAAAUCAUCUUGUGAAUGAAAUUUCUGCAAUGAAAGGAGACCCUUCUUUUCUUUUCUCCAAAGCCAGAGAGAUUCAGGCAAAAUUUGAUGAACUCAUGACGGGUGUUAAAACAAUUCUCACCAUGAUUGGAGAGAGAGAUAAUGACACCUACCUUGCUUGGUCUGGACUGUCAUCCUUGCAGUCAAGCAAUGAAGAUGUUCGCUGCUUUUCUUUUUAUACCCUGAUCCGCUGCCUGCUCCGAGACUCUCGAAAAGUAAAUACUUAUCUUGAGGUUAUCAAGUACCAAAUAUUCAAUCAAAACAACUGCUAAUAGUAAAGCAAUAUAAUCUGACUUUGAGAUAUACCUUUAUAAAACAUUACUGCAAAGCUCCCUUUCAAUUUCUGUUAACUUCUUUAAAAAUAAAAGCUUCUUGGAAUUGCUAAA